AUGGCUGCCUUGGACAGCAAGACCUCAGGGAAGAUGGGGUUCCGUGCAGUGAUAUACUACACAACAACCACUGUCAUCGCUGUGAUCAUAGGCAUUAUCAUGGUGUUGAUCAUUCAUCCUGGGAAAGGAGGCAAGGAGAAUAUGCAUCGAGAGGGGAAGAUUGAACCAGUGCAUUCAGCAGACGCCUUCAUGGAUUUAAUAAGGAACAUGUUUCCCCCUAACCUGGUGGAGGCCUGCUUUAAACAGGUAAGCUCUCUCCACGUCCCGCUGCCCAUUGCUCCCUGCCCCAGUUCAUUGAUCACCCCAGAGAAUGAGACAGCCACUCAAGACUCAGUGAUCAACAAUGUUACACAGGCCAUGAGGCUUCUUCGGGAGGUAACCGAAGAGAUUAUCCCAUUACCAGGUGCUGCCAAUGGGGUCAAUGCCUUGGGGCUGGUGGUGUUUUCCAUGUGCCUGGGGCUUGUGAUUGGGAACAUGAAGGAGCAAGGAAAGGCACUUCGGGAAUUCUUUGAUUCUCUGAAUGAAGCAAUCAUGCAACUGGUAACAAUAAUCAUGUGGUAUGCUCCGGUGGGUAUCAUGUUCCUGAUUGCUGGUAAGAUUCUUGAGAUGAAAGACAUGUCGAUUGUGGGAGGACAGCUGGGGAUGUACACAAUCACCGUUAUCAUUGGCCUCCUUGUUCACGCUGUUAUUAUGCUGCCCCUCCUCUACUACCUGGUCACACGGAAGAAUCCAUUUGUUUUUAUUGGUGGGAUGGUGCAAGCACUUGUCACUGCAUUAGGCACAUCUUCAAGCUCAGCCACACUGCCUAUCACAUUCCGCUGCCUGGAAGAUAACAUUGGCUUGGACAAGCGCAUUACCAGGUUCAUGCUACCGCUCGGAGCCACUAUUAACAUGGAUGGGACAGCACUGUAUGAGGCACUCGCUGCCAUCUUCAUUGCACAGGUCAACAACUACGACCUCAACUUUGGACAAAUCAUUACAAUCAGCAUCACUGCUACAGCUGCCAGUGUUGGAGCCGCUGGGAUCCCUCAGGCCGGGCUGGUCACUAUGGUCAUCGUCCUGACCUCAGUGGGACUGCCCUCGGAUGACAUCACUUUGAUCAUUGCGGUGGAUUGGUUCCUGGAUCGUCUGCGCACCACAACUAAUGUCCUGGGAGAUUCGAUAGGAGCUGGCAUCGUUCAGCAUCUCUCCUGCCACGAGCUGCAGAAACAGGAUGCAGAAAUGGGAAACUCUGUCAUUGAAGAGAAUGAGAUGAAGAAAUCGUAUCAGCUCAUUUCUUGCCAGAGUAAUGAGAAUGAAAAGCCCUUAGACAGUGAGACCAAGAUGUAAAGAGAAAUGGUGUCCAUUCCCCCCACAGGUCAGCCUGUUGUCCUGUUGGGCUAAUCAGAUUGGCUUGGCUGUGCUCGCUCCUUUUAGUGGGAGAGCAGAUUUUCUUAUUUAUUUUGAGCCAAUAUUUCCAAACAAUUGAUUAACAAUGUUCCCCUGUGGUGGCGUCGGCUUAGUCACCCUACGCUGGCUGUAGGCUUGUUAGGGUGAUUGUGAGAUGGCCCUUGGCUAGUUUUGCCUUGGAUUUAACACCUCUUUAAUUGAAGUCCUAAGAUGAGCCGCUGUGGUCGGAGGGGGAGAGGCUCGAGUGUGAGGGAAUUAAAGUUUGAAUUCCACCAGAA